AUCGAAACCAUUCCCAUUAUUUGGAAUCAAGGAAUCGACUCUUGUAGGAAUCGGAUCCCAGCCCCUCGCCGAGCGUUUUCGUUGUUGUUCUGUGAACAAGCGUCAGCCAGUGAAACCAGGCUCUCGUGUGAAUUUCAGAAAACACAGAAGAAGGAUGAAUCGUGUCGUGUUGGUCUGUCUGGCUUUGGUGACCUGCGCGGUGGCCAGACGAGGAGGCGGUGGUGGAUUUAAAGGGGGUUUCAGCUGGGGCAAAGGCAGCAACACGGGCAGUAAAGGGACGAGCACAGGAAGCAGAGGGGGCAGUAACACCGGAGGGUCCUCAUCUAGAGGAACACACUCCCAGCCGGCCAAUUAUCCUCGUCAGCCUCAAGUACCUAACCAAAACCCUCCGCCAUAUCCUGGCACUGGAGGACAUGCAGGCUCUUAUCCGGGCAGAGGGGGCGCUGGAGGCUACCCCAAUCAAGGGGGAUAUCCUAAUCAGGGAGGUUAUCCAGCCCAGCCAGGCUCUCCAGGCCAGGGAGGCUAUCCAAGUCAAGGACGCUAUCCAGGGGCUGGCUCAUAUCCAGGUGCAGGUUCAUAUCCAGGUGCGGGUUCAUAUCCAGGUGCAGGUUCAUACCCCAACAACUAUCCAGGAAGGAGUGGAGGGUACCCUUAUCCUCAAGGUGGUUCUUAUCCUGGAUACCCGGUCAGAGGAGCGCCGUAUCCUGUAGGCAGUCCCAACCAGUAUGGUGCGGCGGGUGGAUAUCCUGGCGCAGCACAGUACCCCUACUGGAACCCCAACAACAAAAUCAUCAGCCCUCGUUAUGGUGGUAAUUACGGAUAUGGUGGUUAUGGGGGAUACGGUGCGGGAGGUUCUCCUUUCGCCCAGUCUGUGCAUAAUAUGGGAAUGAGGCCCUCUCUCCAAUCGAAGGGGUUCGGUAAGCAGGCAGUGUUGGCUGCUGGAGUCGGAGCCAUGACUGGCAUGGCAAUAGGAUAUGGCUUGGGCAGUUUUCCACGUCCACACUUUUCAUUCCACAACCCGCAAGAAGAAUAUUAUUAUAACCACUACAUGUAUCGGCGCUAUGGUACCAGAUCUGACAGUAACACAAACCCCAGCUCUGCAGGUACAGGGCCAGGUGAUUCGGAAUCAGGUCCGACUAAUAAUGUCCACAAUAUCUUUCAAAAUCCUCCGCCUCAGUCGUAUGACAAGUACAUGGACAACUGUAUGGAGAGGACGGAUUUAUUGCGAGACGAGCAGGGCAGAAAUAAGAGAGCUGCCGAAGAACCAUGGCCGCAAGAGGCGGAGGAUGGUAAAGCGGUUUUAAUUGAAGAUGAUCCAUUUAAGCAACUGGAUGAGCAGCCAGCUGGGGAAGCAGAGUCUCAAGUUUCAGAUCUCGCAACAAGAAAUGAGAGUACUGGGGAAGGAAGUAAAUCCAGCAACGCCACCGAUAACCCGAUGCCAUUCGCCGCAAAGCUUACUGGUGCUACAGAGCCACCCACCAAGCCUCGGGAGAAGGUGCCUGAUGACGACGAUGAUGAUGAUACUGUAAGCAUAAUGGAAAUUGGCUACCCUGCACUGAUCGAGCAGAUGAAAGCUCGACGCUGUGUGGAGCUUUACAUGGUGUACUCGGAGCAGCAUGCUGAGAAACAGGUUCAAGUACACAAUAAUGAGAACGGUGGUGAAAAGCUCAUGCCACUUAGCCAGGGGCUCAUGCUCAUUUCUCUGCUUAUGAGCUCCCUGUUACUCUACUGAACCUAGUGAGCUGUUCUGGUUUAGCGUACACCUUCGUUAAUCGUGGUACCACAUAUCAAAUAGACUACAAGAGGAAAAAAAAAAAAUGUCUGACAUGCAGACUGUGAUCUGCGAAUAUAAUAAUGAUCCACGGUGUUAGUCUUGACUAAUUAUAAAUAUCAAGGAAUCCAUAUUUCAGAAUGAGUAACGAUCUUUGCCUGAAACCUUGUUAUUCUAAAAGUAUAUAGAUUAACAAAAAAAAAACAAACCCCAGAGGCUUUUAGCUGUCCUUGGCUUGAUAAUGAAGCUAAAACUUGAUUUGCAUUCGUCUACAUGGGUCAUGCAAUGGCACUCAUCGUUGUCGUUACGCCGAAUGAAGUCAUCAUGAUCUCGCUGCAUGAAUGUCUACAUUGCUGCACUCCUCUCUCCUCAACAUCGUUUCUGCAAGCAAACACAUGCAUCACGUUUCCUGCUAUAUAUAUGACACGUUUUAUUUAUUUAUAAUAUUUAUUUCAUGCUGAUUUAUCAGGAUCACAUCCACACCCUGGACACAUACUGCUUAUGAAAAGUUUUCAUAUCUUUAGGUCAGUAACGAAAGGACAGCGGGCCUCAUUUAUCAAUCCUACUCAUGCUCCUGAGUGUGUGUAAAUUUACCCAAGUCUAAUAUAAACUUCAUUAUAUUGCUGCACUUGUAUAUAUGGAUGUUUAAAUAGCUUAGUUUUAUUGCAUCCUUAUGAUUUAAGUUGACUGAAGGUCAUGCUUAUGAGAGAGUAUAUUAAAAGACUGUUUUAUUUUAUUUAUUGAUUUUUUUAAAUAUGGAGGCCCAUAAAUCGGUUUCUCUUUUAACAAUGUGUAACACUCCAGUACGUUUUAAGCUGAGAGAUUAAAUCCAUUUAAAAUAGCAUUUCCCUUGAGUAACAUGCCUGGUGUGUGUGAUUACUUGGGUACAGUUUAGAUCAUUUGACACCAUUAUCUUGUCACGUCUCUUGAUCCUGACCUAAAACACACAGUUUUCUUUCAUUUGUCUCUGGAUGUUGAUCUUGAUCUUGAUUUUGAACACUAACCCUUCCAAUGCUGCAAUUUUUCUAAACCGUUUUCUUCUUCUUCCUCUUCUUCUUUCGGCUGUCCCCUUCAGGGGUGGCCACAGCGAAUCAUCUCUCUCCACCUAUCCUUAUCUUCUGCAUCCUCAACACUUGCACCCACUAGCUUCAUAUCCUCAUUUAUUCCAUCCAUAUACCUCCUCUUUGGCCUUCCUCUUUGCCUCCUGCCUGGCAGCUCCAUGUCCAACAUUCUCCUACCUUUCUAAACCGUUUUGUGAUUUUUUUUAUAGAGUUUUCUGGCUAUCCCUGCAUGUAGGAGGAAUCUUUGCACUUUAUAUACACACAGGAGUAUCAGAAAUCAGAUUUUUCCCAAGCUUUUGUAUAUCAGGGCCGGAUCGAUUUCGUUUGGCUUACGCAAACCUUCACACACAACUUUACUGAAAGAUUGAUAAAUGAGGCUCGGCGUCUUUUAUAUAGUCUACUCGUGGAUUUGUGUUUUUAGUGGCUUGACUCUUCAUUCUGUAAAUAGCUUAGUGGUGGCUCGGUAAAAACAAAGAAGACGACGAUCUAAAUACUAACAUGCUAAGAUUCAGUAAGCUAAACAAAUGUACCUUUAGUUCACUGCACUGUUUUUAAGGUUUUUAUAAAAUAUUGAGACCGAGAAAUGAUUUUCGAAGUGUUUAGUUUUAGACGUGGUUUGAUAUUUAUGUCCCGAGUUAAAUUUAAGCGUUGGAGUUUAGACACAACGUCUACCUUUUCUCCAAACUCAUUUAUACUACAGACUUUAACCUUAAUGCGUAUAUAUAACACACUGUGUGUACUCACUAAAAGGUUAAAUGACAAACAGGAUGAUUGCAUUUUCUUUUCCAUGCACUGGAAGGUGAAAACUCGGCUGUGUUUCGUUGUGUGUUUAAAAACUGCGAAAACUGCACUGACAUAUAAAUUCAUGUAAAAUUGAAUGUACCCUGUACUCAUGGUUCGGUAGUAAAUUUAAACUCCUAACCUGUCAAUAUUUCUCUGUCCAUGCUUAAUCUAAAAUUAAACGCUAUUUCACUCUCA